UGUGGACAUAACCCAUGUCAUGGAGUCUGGUGGAGACGGACGGUAUCAACACCCAGGCUUGUCCCCGUCUCUCUCUCUCUGUCUCUCCCUCCUCUCCUCUCGCCCCCACGACCGUGCCAGUCACGGUAUUACUGUGAGUUGAUGCUCAGGGAACCAUGUGAUGCAACAUGUUCAGCAGUUAUGAACGACUUGAAAAACGUUCCGGCAAGAAGGGAGUAGAUCGGCCCCAAUAUUUGAAGGAGCUUGUUGACGAAUUUCUCACUUCACAAAACUGUGAGGCCAAGGAACAGGUUCUAGCCAACUUAGCGAACUUUGCAUAUGAUCCGAUCAACUAUCCAUGGUUUCGUAAGCUGAAAAUCAUUGACAUCUUUCUAGACCAGGUUACUGAAGGCACACCAACAUUACGCAGCUUUGCAGUAUCUGGAAUCUGUAACUUAGCUCUUGAUCAAUCCAAUAAAUCCUAUAUAAUUGAACAUGGUGGUGUGGCACUGAUGUGCAGAUGCCUGUCGGCCCAAGAGGAGUCCACAGUCAUUUCUGCAAUCACAUCUCUCAUGUUUCUCAUUACACCUCACUCUAAGGCAGAUAUCACCAGUACAGAAGUCGUGCAGCAAAUGCUGAUCAGAUCAAAUAGUGAAAAUCCACGCAUUCGUAACUUGGCUAAAAUCUUCUUGGAGGAUUACUGCACAUCUGAUCAAAUCAAGAGAGUGCAGACAAUAUCAUAG